UGCAGAUAACAUGUUAAUCCAUCAUCAGUCUGAACUGGUGGUGUCCAGCCAGCAGAGCAGAACAGCCUUGCACUCCAAGGAUUUGUCAGCAGCUUUCCCAAGGCCUUCGCUGAUGUCCUCCAUGGCUUCUGUCAUGGACAGCACAGAACAUCACCAUCGCCAUGCUGGCAUAGAUCACUCAAUGCCAAGUCUGGGUUACGGGGGAGAGUCGCCUUCUGGUUGCAGUAACACCUAUACUACCCUGACACCUCUGCAGCCUUUGCACGACAAGUUCCAUCACCAUCAGCACCACUCUUGUUUACCGAUGAGCAAUGUCAUCGGCAGUUUUACUCUCAUGAGAGAAGAUCGGGGCUUGGGGCCCAACUUUUAUAGCACAUAUGCCAAAGAUUUAGGCAUGGGGCAGAGUCUGUCUCCCCUUUCAAACACUUCUGCUUUGAGUUCUAUGCAUGGUUAUGGUCACCUUGGUGGCAGCAGUGGACAGAUGCUGACAAGUGGAUAUGAGGCUCAUAUUGGUGGAAGUGGCCCUGGUAGCCUUCUUUGUAGGACACCAGACUUUUCACGAGAAAUGUCACCUCCAAUACCUCAUUCAACAAUGGAUACCUGUUUAGGUAGAAUGGACAACCAGCACACAUCCAGUCCACAACAGAUGUACUCUCAUCACCUUCAGCAUACAAAUCAACGGUCUUCAAUGGUCAUGAGUGACCAUCAAUCCACCAUUCCCAUUACUGGGUUGUCACCUGUUAGCCAAGGAGAUGGGAUGGCUGAGGAAAUCAACACCAAAGAAGUUGCUCAGAGAAUCAUCACUGAGCUAAAACGAUACAGCAUCCCUCAGGCGAUCUUUGCUGAGCGGAUUCUCUGUCGCUCACAGGGCACUCUGUCUGACCUUCUGAGGAACCCAAAACCGUGGGGCAAACUCAAGUCUGGCCGAGAAACCUUUAAAAGGAUGUCUAGGUGGCUUCAAGAACCAGAAUUCCAGAGGAUGGCGUCUCUGAGGCUUGAAGCCUGCAAGAGGAAGGAGCAGGAGCAGGGCAAACUGGAAAGGAACCAGGGCCCAAAACGACACCGAUUGGUCUUCACUGACCUACAGAGGCGCACAUUGCAUGCCAUCUUCCGGGAAAACCAGCGGCCCUCCAAGGACCUCCAAAUUACAAUUGCCCACCAACUUGGACUGGAGCUGACCACCGUGAGCAAUUUCUUUAUGAAUGCUCGGCGCCGGAGCCAAGACAAAUGGUUGGAUGAAGGUCGCCCAUCCUCCACAGGAUCUACAGCGUCUUCAAUCAGUUCAGCCAUCACCUGUACUAAAGCCUGA